AUGGCUGCCCAGGGCGAGUCUGGCUACCUGGCGGCGCAGUCAGACCCGGGGUCCACGAGUGAGCGCAGCACCGACUCGCCCUUGCCGGGCUCGGAGGACGACUUGGCCGGGGGCCCCCUGCCCAGCCCCGAGUGGAGCGAGGAGCGCUUCCGUGUGGACAGGAAGAAGCUCGAGGCCAUGCUACAAGCUGCCGCUGAAGGAAAAGGCAAGAGUGGAGAGGACUUUUUUCAGAAGAUCAUGGAGGAGACGAAUACCCAGAUUGCUUGGCCAUCAAAGCUAAAGAUUGGAGCGAAAUCUAAGAAAGAUCCUCAUAUUAAGGUUUCUGGAAAGAAGGAAAAUGUUAAGGAAGCCAAGGAAAAGAUCAUGUCUGUCUUGGACACCAAAAGCAACCGAGUCACCCUGAAGAUGGAUGUUUCACACACAGAGCAUUCUCAUGUAAUUGGCAAAGGUGGGAACAAUAUUAAAAAGGUGAUGGAGGAAACAGGAUGUCACAUCCACUUUCCAGAUUCCAAUAGGAACAACCAAGCAGAAAAAAGCAACCAGGUGUCUAUUGCGGGACAGCCAGCUGGCGUCGAGUCUGCCCGAGUUAGAAUUCGGGAGCUGCUUCCCUUGGUCCUGAUGUUUGAACUGCCCAUCGCUGGCAUUCUGCAGCCCAUUCCGGAUCCCAAUUCAGCCACUCUUCAGCAUAUUUCACAAACGUACAACAUUUCAGUGUCGUUUAAGCAGCGUUCCCGAAUGUAUGGUGCUACCGUCAUUGUUCGAGGGUCCCAAAACAACUCCAGUGCAGUGAAGGAAGGGACUGCCAUGCUUUUGGAGCAUCUUGCGGGGAGCCUGGCGUCUGCCAUCCCUGUGAGUACCCAGCUAGACAUCGCCACUCAGCACCAUCUCUUCAUGAUGGGGCGAAACGGAAGCCACAUCAAGCAGAUCAUGCAGAGGACCGGUGCUCAGAUCCACUUUCCUGACCCCAAUAACCCACAGAAGAAAUCCACUGUCUACCUCCAGGGCACCAUCGAGUCUGUUUGUCUCGCGAGACAAUAUCUCAUGGGCUGUCUUCCGCUGGUAUUGAUGUUUGAUAUGAAGGAAGAGAUCGACGUGGAACCUCAGUUCAUCGCUCAGUUGAUGGAACAGUUAGACGUCUUCAUCAGCAUCAAACCGAAGCCCAAGCAGCCGAGCAAGUCUGUGAUUGUGAAAAGCGUUGAGAGAAAUGCCUUAAAUAUGUAUGAAGCCAGGAAAUGUCUCCUCGGACUUGAAAGUAGCGGCGUUACCAUAACAACCAGCCCGUCUCCAGUCUCGUGCCCGGCCGGCCUGUCAUGUCCGGGCUUGGAUAUCUUAGCUUCUGCAGGCCUGGGACUCACUGGACUAGGUCUGCUUGGUCCAACUGCCUUAUCUGUAAACACCUCAACAACUCCAAAUUCCCUCCUGAAUGCGCUAAACAACUCUGUCAGUCCUCUGCAGAGUCCAAGUUCUGGCACGCCCAGCCCCACUCUCUGGGCUCCCCCACUGGCCAACACGUCAAGUGCCACAGGCUUUCCGCCUCUGCCACAUCUCAUGAUCCCCUCCGCCGCCCAAGCCACGUUGACCAGCAUUUUGUUGUCUGGAGUACCUAACUACAGCCAGACAACACCAUCUCCCCCUCCCGGCUUGACCCCUGUUGAGGUCCACGUCAAUGGGAUGCAGUCCGAAGGCCCCCAAGGCUCCCCGUCUCUAAAUGGACACAUGCAGUCUUCAAAGUUAAAAUAUGGUGCAAUAUCGACCUCAUCCCUUGGAGAAAAAGUGCUGCCUGGAAAUCACGUUGACCCGUCACGACAGACAAGUGCCUCGGAGCAAGUACCUUCCAAGUCCAGUGCCCCGGAAGGUGGCAAUGAUGCUUUUGUGGAAGUGGGCAUGCCUCGAAGUCCUUCCCAUUCAGCCAGUGCCACCGAGCUGAAGCAGAUGAUGUCUUCCUCCAAGGUGGCCUGCUCCAAGAGGCAGACUGUUGAAUUACUGCAAGGCACCAAGAACUCUCAUUUACACACCACUGAGCGUUUGCUCUCGGAUACAGAGCUGAGCCCUUCAGAGAGUCCUUUGGCUGACAAAAAGGCUCCGGGGAGCGAGCGAGCAGCUGAGAGGGCAGCAGCGGCUCAGCAGAACUCGGACAGAGUCCGCCUCGCGCCACGAUCAUCAUACGUCAACAUGCAGGCAUUUGACUAUGAAGAGAAGAAGCUGCUAGCAACCAAAGCCAUGCUGAAGAAGCCGGUAGUGACGGAGGUGAGGACGCCGACCAACACAUGGAGCGGCCUGGGCUUCUCCAAGUCCAUGCCGGCUGAGACCAUCAAGGAGCUGCGGAGGGCCAACCACGUCUACUACAAGCCCACAAUGCGGACGACCUACGAGGGAUCAUCAAUGUCUCUCUCACGAUCCAACAGUCGUGAACACCUGGGAAGUGGAAGUGAAUCUGAUAACUGGAGAGACCGGAAUGGAAUUGGGCCUGCUGCGCACAGUGAAUUUGCAGCUUCUCUUGGGAGCCCCAAACGCAAACAAAACAAAUCAACCGAACACUAUCUCAGCAGCAGCAAUUACAUGGACUGCAUUUCUUCACUGACUGGAAGCAACGGCUGCACCUUGAACAGCUCCCUCAAGGGCUCUGACCUCCCUGAACUCUUCAGCAAGCUGGGCCUGGGUAAAUACACCGACGUGUUCCAGCAGCAGGAGAUUGAUCUUCAGACAUUCCUCACCCUUACAGAUCAGGAUUUAAAGGAACUGGGGAUUACAACCUUUGGGGCCAGAAGGAAAAUGCUGCUCGCCAUCUCAGUUUGUGACUCUGGUCAGAUGCGCAACAAGAUCCUGAGGGCGGCCAGGAUUGUGUGACCCUUGGAAAUGCAAGGACGAAAGGUUUUAGUCUCGAGGCAGAUUAAGAAGUACAGACUAAUC